AUUGUGUGUACAUGCGAUUCGAGGAAAGUCAUUCAGGACCUCACUACCGAAGGGCUGUUUCAUUAAUUUGUUUGUAAAUUUAUCGCAAUUAUGGUGGACAUUAACGACCAGUUCUUCAGAGAUAUUAGAACACAGUAUUUGGAUUUCCUUGAUGAUGAUGCUGAUCAAGGAAUCUACCAUGCAAAAGUCAGAGACAUGAUUGAGAGGAAUGACUUUCGUCUGAUUGUAAACAUGAAUGACCUUAGAACAAAAAAAGAAGCUAGAGCCCUAAGACUCCUCAGCGAAUCAUUUGAAGAACUUCUAGCCUUUCAGGAUGCGUUGAAGCAGUCUGUGAGUUCCAUUGAUACCGACUAUUCAAAAAAGCAUGAUGAGUUUUUUGUUGGUCUUGAAGGAAGCUUUGGUUCUAAACAUGUAACACCAAGAAGUUUAUCAGCAAGGUUCCUUGGGAACAUGGUUUGCUGUGAAGGGAUAGUGACCAAGAGUUCAUUGAUUCGACCAAAAAUUGUAAGAAGUGUUCACUACUGUCCAAACACAAACAAAACAAUGGAAAGGAGGUAUCAAGAUAUGACUUCUCUAAAUGCAUUUCCAAGUGUAUCAUCUUAUCCAACAAAGGACGAUGAUGGAAACCCACUAGAAACUGAGUAUGGUCUCUCUGUUUACAAGGAUCAUCAGUCAUUCACAAUACAGGAAAUGCCUGAAAAGGCUCCAGCAGGACAGCUCCCAAGAUCAGUAGACAUCAUUUCUGACAACGAUCUGUGUGAUUUGUGCAAGCCUGGAGAUCGUGUUCAAGUUAUUGGUACAUAUAGAUGCUUGCCAUCAAAAAAGGGUGGGUUUACCUCUGGAACUUUCAGGACUGUGCUGAUUGCGAAUAACAUUAAAACGAUGAGUAAAGAAGUUUCCCCAACCUUCUCCUCCAGUGACUUAGCUAAGAUCAAGAAAUUUAGCAGAAGCAAAUCAAUUGAUGUAUUUGAAGUAUUAGCAAGGUCACUGGCACCAUCAAUUCAUGGCCAUGAUUACAUCAAAAGAGCCAUUUUGUGUUUACUUCUUGGUGGAUCAGAAAAGAUCCUUGAGAAUGGAACGCGAUUGAGAGGGGAUAUAAACAUCCUCAUGGUUGGCGAUCCAUCAACCGCCAAGUCACAAUUGCUGAGGUAUGUUCUACAUACAGCUCCACGUGCUAUUCCUACAACUGGUCGGGGGUCCUCAGGUGUUGGUUUGACGGCUGCUGUCACCACAGAACAAGAGACAGGUGAAAGAAGACUGGAAGCAGGUGCAAUGGUGUUAGCUGAUCGUGGCGUCGUCUGCAUUGAUGAAUUUGACAAGAUGAGUGAUCUUGAUCGAACCGCCAUCCACGAGGUUAUGGAACAGGGUCGAGUAACAAUAGCAAAAGCUGGGAUACAUGCAAAGUUGAACGCAAGAUGCAGUGUUCUGGCAGCUGCAAAUCCAGUUUAUGGCAGAUAUGAUCAGUAUAAAACGCCAAUGGACAACAUUGGGAUGCAAGAUUCACUACUUUCCCGUUUCGAUCUUCUAUUUAUUGUUCUUGAUCAGAUGGACCCGGAAUCCGACAAGAAGAUCUCUGAUCACGUGCUUAGAAUCCACCGAUAUAGAACCCCAGGGGAGCAAGAUGGAGAUCCACUGCCAUUUGGAGGAAAUGCUGACAUUCUGACGACGGGAGAUCUUCGAGGGGAAGACGAAGAUGAGGACACUCAAGUGUAUGCUAAAAAGGACGCACAGUUAUAUGGCAAGCAAAAGGACAAGAAGGACAAAUUUGUCUCCAUUCACUUUAUGAAGAAGUACAUUCACUUGGCAAAGGCCAUCAGGCCGGCACUGACCCAGGAAGCAGCGGACCUGAUUUCACAAUCCUAUUCUGAUCUACGAGAUCAAGAUACGUCUGGGAGUGACCAACAGAAGACCAUGCCAGUCACAGCCCGUUCCCUAGAGACAAUGAUACGUCUUGCGACUGCCCAUGCAAAGGCACGAAUGAGCAAAAAAAUAACAGAGACGGAUGCAGAAGCGGCAAUUGAAAUGGUGCAAUUCGCCUACUUCCACAAGGUCGAGAAAAAAGAAAAAAGAAGGCGGAAAAAGGAUGUUGAAGACGAAGAAGAAGAUGAAGCAAUCGAAGAAGACACAGAAGAAGGAGAAUCUCAAAGCCAAAGGAAGUCUCCCAAGAGGCCAAAAAGAUCAAAGAAAGCUGCUCUGAAAGAAGGCGAUGAAGGAUACGAUCCAUUUGAUUUUGACGAAGAAGAGGAAGACAGCGCACCAGUUACUGCAAAACGAACACGAUCUACAAGCAAAGUGGAUGAUUCAAUGGACACAGAAGACAGCGAACGGGUCACAGGAUCGGAAUCUUCACAAAAAGUUACUGGUGAAAGGCUGUCGCUAUUUAAAGCCUCGUUACAAAGUGUCUUUGCGGCUCACCACGCUCAGUCUCUUGACAUGGAUACGGUCAUAGCGGCCUUGCACAAAGACUAUCCCGAUGCCAAAUUCAGUACUGGAGAAAUCCAAGCAGCUUUGGAUCGGAUGCAGGACGAAAACCAAGUGAUGGUAUCGGAUCGACAGAUCUUCUUGAUUUGAUUCAAACAAGAACUUGCUAGAAGACGAUGAAUUAGGUCUUCUCUUUUUUUAAUAUAAACAGCAAAUAUGCAGAAUUAGUACUAAGUUCUUUAUCUUAUAAAGGAAUUCUUUGAAAAUGAAGGGAGUUUUGGUAA